ACUUAUCAGUUGAGAUUCGAAGGAAUAUAUUUUCUGCAACAGCAAUGGCAAAACCAUGUUCAUCACAAGGCAGAAAAGAAGACAAAUCUCACGCUUUGUAAGGUUGAGUUCAUACAUAUUCACUGUGAGAGCUGUUGUAGCUGUAUUGAUAAUUAUCGUCCCUCCUUUAGGGUUUAGGAUUUAUGAAUUCUUUGGGAGCGGAACAUGUUCGAGUAAUGGCAUCAGAUUAUAAUUCAGUCCAUGGAAACAUAUACGCAGAUCUCUACAAACCAGCUGUUAUCAUUGGAGCCUGUUUUACAGCUGUUGCACUCGCCCUCUCCAUUUUUCUCAUUUUCCAACAUCUCAGAUCGUACAAUAAACCCAGUGAACAAAAAUGGCUCGUUGCCGUAGUCUUCAUGGUACCUGUAUAUGCUACUGAGUCAAUUUUAUCCUUGUGGAACCCGAACCUUUCUCUUGCCUGUGACAUUUUAAGAAACUGUUAUGAAGCAUUUGCCUUGUAUUCUUUCGGAAGCUACUUAGUUGCCUGUCUCGGAGGUGAAAGAAAGGUCAUAGAACUACUUGAAAACCAAUCGGAAAAACUGCUCAACAGACCACUGAUAGAAGGAGUGGCAGACGAGGAUCACACCGUGCCACAUUGGUCCCUUCGAAACUUCUUCUUACGACCAUCUGUUCUUGGGAAACAUUUGCUCAAUAUAGAAAAAUUUGGCCUUGUACAAUAUAUGAUUCUGAAGACAGUUUGUGCAUUCUUAGCUUUAGUGUUGGAGCUCUUUGGUGUGUAUGGAGACGGAGAAUUCAAGUGGUAUUACGGGUAUCCAUACAUGGCUGUUGUACUGAACUUCAGCCAGAUGUGGGCAUUGUAUUGCCUUGUGCAAUUCUACAAUGUAACACACGAAAGACUUGAACCUAUUAGGCCGCUCGCAAAGUUCAUCAGCUUUAAAGCUAUUGUGUUCGCCACUUGGUGGCAAGGUGUGGGCAUUGCGCUAUUAUGCGCAUUUGGUGUUCUUCCUAAGGACGUUAAACUACAAAGCGGCUUGCAGAAUUUCCUGAUUUGUAUUGAAAUGGCAAUUGCAGCCGUUGCGCAUAUGUUUGUCUUUUCAACUGAACCAUACCAUUACAUUACAGCAUACGAGUAUGGGAAGGUCACCACUGAAACAACCAAGGCAGAAGUGAAGUUGGAGGAAGGUGACGCCCCAGCCAGGCUCGAAAAAACGGAGACCAAGGUCGAAGCGCCUGGAACAAGUAUCACUGAGAGUGUUCAGGACAUUGUUGUUGACGGCGGUCAGCGUGUUGUCAAGGAUGUUGUGUUGACCAUAAAUCAAGCAAUAGGGCCAGUUGAGAAGGGAGUCGAGAAGGGCGUGACGAAGAUCCAGGAGACGCUCCAUCACAGAACAGUGGACUCGGAAUCGGGAGAACACGAAGAUAAGUCAGAAGUAGAAGUUGAGGAACAAUUCGGAAAUACUGUCAGAGAAACUCAUAUCGACCUGUAGGAAAACAUAGAACCCACUUUCUGCUUGAAUUGAAGGAAUGGUCACUGUAUUUAAUUUUUUUGACAGAAAUAACGAUUGAAGAACACGAACA